ACUUUCUGUACACACUGUAUAUUUUGUAUACAUUUUUUCUUAUGAAGUAUUUCACUCAAUGUUACUACUGUCAAUAAAUGUUAUAAUGACAUCACGUUUAAAUGAACAAAGGUUAAAUACCUAAACGUUUUUGUUUACUGUUGAAUUAUUUUAAUUUGAAAUUUUUCAAAUUUUGUUUCGGAUUUUACUCACUUCGGUGUGCUUCGAGUAAAUUUUCGGGCUAAGAAAGAAAGAAAGACCCAUAGCCAGGUAUGUUUUUACCACCUACCCAUAACGAAAACAGAAGUCUGGUAUACAUUUAUUUGAAAUAAGAACAUUAAGUAAAUUUUUUAGGAUUUUAAUAAUCUACUUUGCAAUCCACCUACUAAAAGAUUCAAUACCAAGCAAUUAAGAAACAUUGUAAAUUAUGGAUGAAACGAAAGGAAAAACAAAUUAUUUUCUUUAUUGGGCUACUUUUUCUGUUAACAUUUUAACAAUGGCAACCGGAAUCGCUAUGUCAUGGUCAUCACCAGCAUUAGUAAAACUAAAAAGCGACGAUCCAUCUUUGAAUCCCCUGGGAAGACCAAUCACAACAUUCGAAGAAUCCUGGAUAGCAUCUUUACCAUCAAUCGGAUGCGUAGUUGGAACAUUAUUUUGCGGAUUCGUAUCAAAUAAAUUAGGAAGAAAAUUGACGUUGAUAAUUUUUAGUAUACCUUUUUUGGGUGGAUAUAUCGCAAUUGCUCUAGCUAAAACAGUCUCAAUAUAUUAUAUUUCCAGAUUUUUAAUUGGUAUUAGCGGUGGGAACACUUUAGCUGUACUGCCUAGUUACGUUGGUGAGCUAGCUGAAGAUACUAACAGAGGAUUUUUAUUGUGCAUGAUGGGGAUUUUAGGAGCUUCUGGCUACACUUUCGUCUAUGCCAUUGGACCUAUAGUAUCUAUACAAGUAUUCGCUUACCUCCAGUUAAUACCAAUUACCUUAUUUUAUAUAACGUUUAUUCCUUUUAUACCUGAAAGUCCUUAUUACUUUGUUGAAAAAAAUAAUAUUGAAGCAGCGAAAAAAUGUUUAAAGAAAAUAAGAACCACUGAAAAUGUUGAUAGCGAAUUAACCAAAAUUAUAGAACAUGUUGCUGAGAACAAAGCGAAAAAAACCAAUUGGAGGGAAUUAUUUACAACUAAAGCUGCUAGAAAGGGUUUGACUAUUACAUGUAGUUUAUUGACGUUUCAACAGUUCAUGGGAAUUUCUGCAGUAAUGGGAUACAUGCAAAUUAUUUUCGCGGAAUGUAGAACUAGUAUACCAUCUGAUACAGCUUCUAUUAUUAUUGGUGUGCUUCAAAUAGUUUCUAAUAUUGUAGCAACUUUUACUGUAGAUAAAAUUGGCAGAAGAGUACUUUUACUAUCUUCUAAUAUAGGAUGUUCUAUAUCGUUAAUUUUAUUAGGAGCUUAUUUCCUUCUCAAAUUCCAUAAAAUCAAUACUGAUGUUAUAUUUUGGUUGCCCCUUGCAUGCCUGAUUUUAUUUUUUUCAUCUUACAACUUUGGUUUUGGAACUCUACCUUUAACUAUUUGCGGUGAAAUUUUCGCAAGUAAUAUAAAGUCUUUGGCAUCUAGUAUAUCAACAUUUGUUUGUCUUUCAAUGGCUUUUAUUGUAACUUUAGGUUUUCCUUAUUUAUCUGAAGCGAUAGGCAUGUCAGGCUGUUUCAUAUUAUUUGCUGGAAUUUCAUUAAUUUCGAUUAUUUUCGUUAUAAUCAUGGUACCAGAAACUAAAAAUAAAAGCUUUAAAGAAAUUCAGGAUAUGUUAGAUCAAUAAAUGUUUUAUUGACAUAUUCUAUACAACGAUGUAUUUUAUAAUAUUGAUAUUUUUAUUUUUUUUAUAUAUUUCUAAUGACUCAGUUUUUAUGUAUAUUUUAUACUGUGAGAAGAUUAAAUUUUACUUCCAUUUUAGUUAUUUAAGUCGAAGCAUUUUAUGAUAUAAAAAAUCUGCCUCCUCUUUCAUCCCUUCCAUGUAAAAUAAAAUUUGUAUUGUAUAUAAAAUUUCCUUAGUGACCUUGCAGUAACAGUGACUGAAAACGGACUUGUAUCAAAGAGUGAAAAUAACACCGGUGUGAAGUUAGCAGCUACUUUCCAGCAGCCAGUUUAGGAAACACCUGAACUCCCAGAGUGGCGUCGAAAUGUAUUUUUCUGUGAAGAAAACAGUGUAUUAAAAUAAAAUUACCACUAAAUUUUUAAAAGGAUGAAAGAGUAAACUGAAAUAAAAUCCUUUUCAUUAAAAAUUCA